AUGAAACCCGUGAUUGCACCCGGGAAUAACCCUCGCCGCCUGCUCCGCCUCGAUCUCGUCCAAACACACCGCGCAAUCGGCGGCCAGCACCAGAUCCUUCCCGGCGACCUUUGGCAGCUUCUGGAGAUCGGACUCCGACAGACCCUUCUCCGGGCGGCUCUUGAUCGGAAAAUCGUGCCUCUCGGUGGAGCCGCCUGCGGAGUAACAGAGCAGACAGAUAUAGACAAGGAAGACGGCGCUCAUGCCAGCGCACGUCGACCAUGGCUGAGGACGAUGGUAAAGAUGGCGUUUGGGAAAGGGGGGAUGUUUGGGGGAGUGAAUUUUGUUGGUAAAAUGGGUAUGAGCUGGAAAAAGUGGAAAAGCGUAUGUGCAAUAGAAUGCAAAUGUAAUAAAGAACAGAAUGGGAGAAACUUUAUAGAGAUCAGGUGA